UGCGCAUGCGCGCUCUCUCCGGGCUGUCUGGCCUAUCAGGGCACCCGUACAGCGGCUGUUGUCGGAGAACGGCUCCCGGCCUGACACUGAUGGGGGAGACAGUUCACUUCAUUAAAGGAAUGCACGUUCCUCCUCAGAUGUGUUUGGGGACAAGAGCCUGCUCCUUCUGCACAGGAAGGCUUUCUUAUCUAGUGAACUAAAAAGAAAAUUAUAACAAUGCAUCAUGGAAGUGGACCACCAAGCACUCCGCGGCAGCUUCAGAGGUCCAGAUCCUUCACUGGCAAUGAAGGAGAGGAAACAUCCAUGCAGACAAGUUUGCCCCAAUCUCCUGUUCCUUCAUUUGCUCCAGCAGUUAGUUCACCUGGACCCCAAUCCCCUAGUUACCAAAUACAGCAAUUGAUAAUGAGCCGGAAUCCAGUUGCAGGUCAGAAUGUGAAUAUAACCCUACAAAAUGUGGGGCAAGUGGUAGCAGGUAAUCAGCAGAUAACUCUGACCCCCCUGCCUAUCCCUAACCCAGCUUCUCCUGGUUUCCAGUUCAGUUCCCAGCAAAGGAGGUUUGAACAUGGCUCGCCAUCUUAUAUUCAGGUCACUUCUCCGAUGUCUCAGCAGGUCCAGACACAGAGCCCCACACAAGCCAAUGCUAUGCCACUACAAGCAUUACAGGGUGUCAGAGCGGGAGGUGCUGGAGCUAGCUUGGGAAUGUGUAGCCAGAGCCCCACACGUGGAUUUGUGGAUGCCAGUGUGCUUGUGAGACAGAUUAGUCUGAGCCCAUCAAAUGGUGGACAUUUUGUUUUUCAAGAGGGAUCUGGUCUUGCCCAAAUUACACAAGGAGGCACAGGACAGGUACAACUUCCAUCAGGAGCAGCACAGGCUAGCAUGAGAGAGCGGCGACUGUCACAGCCUCACUCUCAAACUGGAGGCACUAUCCAUCACCUUGGGCCUCAGAGUCCCGUGACAGGUGGAACAAAUAUGCAGACAUUGACUACACCGAGCCACAUAACAACAACUAAUCUACCACCACAGAUAAGUAGUAUUAUACAAGGUCAGCUCAUCCAACAACAGCAGGUACUUCAUGGCCAGCAAUUGGGCAGGACCAUUAGCUUUGAUAGGACAGCUGGAGGAAUGAUAGCUGGGGUAACUGGAACUUCAUCUUUUGGCAUAACAUCACAACCUACACCAACAAGUCCAUCUCGGGGCUUAGGUCCACAGGGACUCUCUAGUCUUCCACUUACUCAAACAGUAAGCACUGUCAGGAAACAAAGUAAGAAACUAGAAGAGAUUCCUCCUGCAACUGCUGAAGAUGCUCAGAUGAGAAAACAGUGCUUGGAGCAUCACCACAAAAAUAUGAAAAUGUUAAAGGAAAACUUCAAGGAUUACCUGAUUGAGUUGUUCUUCCUACAACACUUUCAAGGAAACAUGAUGGAUUUCUUGGCCUUCAAAAAGAAACCUUCAAUGGGCCUUCAUGGUUACCUUAGGCAAAAUGACUUGGAUCUGGAAGAGGAAGAAGAAGAAGAGCAAUCAGAGGUUAUUAACGAUGAGGUAAAGAUUGUGACAGGAAAAGAUGGGCAGACUGGUACUCCUGUUGCUAUAGCAACCCAGCUUCCUCCCAAUGUUUCUGCUGCUUUUUCAUCACAGCAGCAGCCAUUUCAGCAAUCUCUGGCAGGCCCUGGAGCAGUAGGAGCAGCAAAUGCCAUAGAUAUUGAAGCCUUUAAAAGACAGCAAGCCCUUACACAAGCAGUGUUUUUGAUCCCUACAGAUCCCAGCAAGAGACCACGCCUUGAUGUAACGCGUCAUGGAAUGGUUUUCCAACAUCCAGGGGUGGCAUCUGGCGUAUCCCUACAACAACUUAUGCCCACUGCACAAGGUGGAAUGCCUCCUACUCCUCAGACUGUUCAGCUAACAGGGCAGAAGCAAAGCCAACAACAAUACGAUCCCUCCAAAGGUCCCCCUGUGCAGAAUGCUGCCAGCCUGCAUACCCCUCCUCCUCAAUUACCUGGUAGGGUGCAGGGUUCCAAUAUUCCCAUCUCUUCCCUUCCCACUGCCCUGCAUCUUGCACAACAGCAGCAGCAGCAGCAACAACAACAAAUCACAGAAGGACAAAUCCAGCUGCAGGUGAAAACACAGGCCUUGGGUGUCUCUAUUCAAGCAUCCCAGCAAACUCAGCUGCCUGCACAGAUCUCGCAGCCUCUGCAGUCAGUGUUUCAUACACAGAUGCCCAUAACUGCUUCCCAAGCGCAAAGUACACUUCAGCCACAGACCGUCACCCUAAUGAGGCCAGCUUCAGAGUCUCCGCAGCAACGGCUCACCAACAACUCACAGCUAAACUCUUUUGUGGCUCCAGCUGCUAUCUCUGCCAGUAACCCAAUUGCGUCCUUCUCCCUGCCAACUAACAGAACCAACGCUAGCACAAACAAAGCCCUAUCUUCCACAGUUUCCAAAGCCUUAGCAUCUACUGGGGCAGUGGGUAUUAAAGUGCAAACUCCUGCACAGAAUACAGCUGGAGCGACUCCAGACAACUCGCAGGACAAGUUAGUGGAACAGGAGAACCGUGUCCAUCAGCGCAUUGCAGAACUCCGCAAGGAAGGUUUAUGGUCUUUGAGGAGGCUUCCCAAGCUGCAAGAACCAUCCAGGCCUAAAUCUCAGUGGGAUUACCUGCUAGAAGAGAUGCAGUGGAUGGCGGCAGAUUUUGCUCAGGAGAAGAUGUGGAAAGUGGCUAGUGCAAAGAAGCUGGUUAGAACAGUUGCCCGUUAUCAUGAAGAAAAGAGAGUGAACAACGAGCGUGCCAGGAGGGAAGAAGAAAAAAAACUGAAGCGCAUUGCUGCAUCAAUUGCUAGAGAAAUUGAGUAUUUCUGGUCCAAUAUUGAACAGGUUGUGGAAAUUAAAUUACAAAUGGAGUUUCAAGAAAAAAGACGGAAAGCGCUGAACUUAAAUAUGGAUCCAAUUAAAGGUCCCCUUAAAACAGUUGAAGAAGCGUAUGCGAAACACAAGCAUGGAAAUAAAAAAAUGUCACCCACUGGGAGAAAAAGAAAAGCAAGUUCAUCUUGGAGCGAUGGAGAAGGAGAUGACGAAGAAGAAACCAUUGCAGAGCAAGAGACCAAAGAAGGGAAUGUUGAUCACCAAGCUGAACUAACUGAGUUAAUGCGAGAAGCUGAUCUGCCUUUAGAUGAUUUAGUAAAGGAAUAUGAAGGUGCUUAUGAUGAGAAUUUUCACUGGCCACAUGUUUUUAACAAAACUGAAGAAGGGAGACAAACUGGCCAAGAUAUGAAAGAGCUAACAGGAGACCCAGACAUUUCGCAGAAACAUACCGUUCUCAUUGACUCUUUGCUUGGUAGUGACCAGCUUAGAACAGCUGACAGGGCAGGUCCUGCACUUUUGACUUCCAGGAAACAUACCAGAGAUAUUGGAGAUGUUGCCAGAGCAGCAGAGCUACUUCUCCCAAGUGGAAGCGCCCGCAUUACAUGUGCAGUGAAGACACGGCCCUCACAGCUGCUUCACGGUACUCUUCGGGAAUAUCAGCAGGUGGGGCUAGACUGGCUGGCGAAACAAUACAAGAAGAAUCUUAAUGGUAUUCUGGCUGAUGAGGGUGGACUGGGUAAGAAUGUUCAGGUGAUUGCUCUCAUGGCACAUCUGGCCAGUAAUGAAGGUAACUGGGGCCCACACCUGAUUGUGGUCAGAAGCUGUAAGAUUCUGAAGUGGGAGCUGGAAUUUAAACGAUGGUGCCCAAGCUUAAAACUGCUUUUAUAUUUUGGCAAACAGCGAGAACUAAGAAAAAAGAGACAGAGAUGGGAGGAACCCAACAACUUCCAUGUCUGCAUCACCUCCUACAAGCAGCUAUUCAAGGGACUGCAAGCCUUCAUGAAAAUGAGAUGGAAAUACCUUGUCCUAGAUGAAGUCCAUCAGCUCCGAAACAUGACUGAGAAGCACUGGGAAGCCAUCUUCAAUCUGCCUAGCCAAAACCGACUGCUUCUUAGAGACACUCCACUACAAAACACAUGGAGAGAUCAUUGGACCAUGGUACAUUUUUUAAUCCCAGGAAUAUCCAAACCUUAUCUGGACUUCCCUCUGAAAACCAGCGGGGAAGAGAGCCAAGAAAAUUGCCACAAGCUUUUUAUAAUGUUGCACAGGACUGUUCGGCCUUUCAUAUUACGAAGAUCAAAGAAAGAUGUUGAGAAGCAACUAACAAAAAAAUACGAGCAUGUUCUAAAAUGUCGUCUUUCCAACCGUCAGAGAGCUUUAUAUGAAGAUGUUAUUCUGCAGCCAGGGACUCAGGAUUCUCUAAAGGGAGGACAUUUUGUCAGUGUUCUUCAUGUGCUGAUGCAGCUGCAAAGGAUUUGUAACCAUCCAGAUCUGGUUGAUCCACGAUCUGGACAAUCCUCUUAUACAUUUAAAACUUUGAAAUAUAAGACUGCAUCACUAGUACUUCAAGCAUUGGCAUAUGAUCCAUGGAAGAACCUAGACCUGUCGCAGUUUGAUCUACUAGGACUGGAGAGUAAAAUGACAUGUUAUGAAGCCCAGGUACUGCCUGUCCAAAAGGUGACUAGAAGACUGAUUGAAGAAAUUUACAGCUCUCCUGAAAUUGUUUCUCGCCCCAACCCAGUUAAAAUUAAACCUAGCAGAUUGUUUCAACCGGUUCUAUAUGGUCAGAAGCCAGAAGGACGAACUGUGGCUUUCUCCAGUACUCCAGCCUCUCGCUUGGUUACUACAACUACAGCCACCGUCACUCAGCAAGGCCAGGCUCGAGGACGAUCCCCAGUUACAUCAGCCUCUACAAAUCAGGGUGGUGAAGUGGCAAAAAUGGCUCAGCUGACUGCUUCAGGUGCAGCUCAAGGCAGGAUAGCACAACCCAAGACCCCAGUUACUCUACAGUUCCAAGGAAACACCUUCACUCUGUCGCAGAGUCAGCUGCGCCAACUCACUGCCGGGCAACCAUUACAACUGCAAGGAAGCGUUCUGCAGAUCGUUUCAGCACCCGGACAGCAGUAUCUCCGGCCCCCUGGUCCUGUGGUAAUGCAGACAGUGUCACAGGGAAGCACCGUUCAAAAUGCAAUCAAUGCCUUGGGAAACCAGCAUCCUGCCAGCCUCCCCAAUGCUGCUGUAACCAACCAGACAGGACUGCAAGGAAGAAGCAUAUUGCCUUAUCCUGGUGGUAGUGAUGCUGCAUCUCAUCUCAAACCUUCACAGAGCUCAGUGACUCCAGUGCAAGAUGUAGCAGAAGAAAAGCAACGUCUACUGAGGGAGCGCCUGGAGAGACUCUUUCUCUGUAACGAGCGGCGCUGUGGACAGACUCCGGUGUAUGGAACUGACCUAUUAUCGCUCUGUUCUCUACAGUCUUGUGGAGUGCGGACAUCUGAGGCAGGCAUAGAGUGGAGAUGGAGGGGGUCUGCGAACUGUCUUUUAUCCUCCCACUCCUCCAAAGACUUCAGUGAUCCAUUGGGGCACCUAAUUCUAUCCUCAGUGCAGCAGAAACUGUUGCUGGAACCCCUUGCAAAGAGUGCUUUGUGUGUGGUCCCUGCAGUUAUUGCUGCUCCUCCGCUGUUGGUAGUUCCACAUCCUCCUCCCACAUACACUCACAACAUGAACAUCCUAACUCACAACCUGAGGGAACAGGCAGCUCCAUAUAUGAAAUAUCUGCAGGAACAAACAUCACCUCAUUGUAUGCAGACUCCAGAUCUGCGUCUAAUCCAGUGUGAUUCAGGUAAGCUUGAGGCUUUGUCCAUUCUUCUCCGGAAACUGAAGUCUGAGGGCCGGCGUGCUUUGAUAUUCUCCCAGAUGCUGCUCAUGCUGGACAUAUUGGAGAUCUUCCUAGACGUUAACUCUUUCACUUUCUUGAGGAUCGAUGAGUUUGCUAACUAUGAUCAAUGCCAUGAUCUGAUGAGGAGCUUUAACAAAGACCCCCGGAUUUUCUGCAUUCUAAUAUCAACCCAAAGCCGCUCACUGGGUGUUCCCUAUGUGGAAGCUGACGCAGCAAUCUUUUAUGAUAGUGAUUUAAAUCCAGUGAUGGACUCUAGAGCUCAAGCAUGGUGUGAUCGCAUUGGUAGAACUAAGGACAUUCACAUAUAUCGACUUGUUAGUGGAAACUCAGUUGAAGAGAAGCUGCUGAAGAAUGGCACCAAGGAUCUGAUUCGCGAAGUUGCAGCUCAGGGAAAUGACUUUUCAAUGGCUUUUCUAACACAGCAAACGAUUCAUGAGUUGUUUGAGCUUUAUUCACCGCUUGAAGACUCAGGAUUUGGAGUUAAAGCAGAAGAGUUUGUAAUGCUUUCCCAAGAACCGCCUCCAGCAGAGACAAUUGCUACAAAGUUUGCCAAACCAUUUAUAGAGGCACUGAAGAGCAUCGAACAUGGAGCUGAAAUGGAUGUGGAUUUAUCUGAGCCUGAGAAAAAAGGAGACCAAGAAAAAAAGAUGAAGGCAUCAGAUGGUUGCUCCUGCAAUGGUGAGGCCUCGGAACUGAAAGAAUUGGCUGCAGUGGUAGAACAGCUUACCCCAAUUGAAAAGUAUGCUUUAAACUAUCUGGAGGAAUUCUAUACAUCCACUACUGAGGGGAUAUUGAAGGAUGCAGAGGAUCUUAAAAGGACAAAGAAAACUUGGGAGGUUCAACAGUUAAAAGAGAAAAAGGAGUGGGAAGAGAACAUGGCUUGGGAAGAAGCUAAGGAAGAGCUUUUGACCUACACAAGAGAAGAUGUGUGUGAUAAGGAAUUUGUCUACGAGAGUCCAGAUGGGCAAACAGAAGUAAUGCCAAUCUGGACACCACCCACUCCCCCACAAGAUGAGAAUGAUAUUUAUAUAGAUUCUGUGAUGUGUCUAAUGUACGAUACCAACCCCAUCCCUGAAUCUAAACUGCCCCCAGUGUAUGUAAGAAAGGAGCAUAAGAGACACAAGACAGAUGCUGCAGCUACAGGUCGAAAGAAGAAACAAAGGCAUGGGGAAUCUGUAGUUCCUCCACGCUCACUAUUUGAUAGAGCUGCCCCAGGCAUGCUGAAAGUGAAGAGAGAAGGCAAAGAACAGAAGAAGAACAUCCUUUUGAAACAGCAAACCCAGUUUGCCAAACCACUGCCAACCCUCGUGAAACCAGCAACGGAGUCUGGUCCUGACAACCCAGAGUGGUUGAUCAGUGAAGAUUGGGCUCUGCUGCAGGCUGUCAAGCAUCUCUUGGAGCUACCACUAAAUCUAACAGUGGUGUCACCGGCUCACACCCCCAAUUGGGAUCUCGUUAGCGAUGUGGUGAAUUCUUGCAGCCGAAUCUAUCGCUCCUCUAAACAAUGCCGCACUCGGUAUGAAAAUGUCAUUAUUCCAAGAGAGGAAGGAAAGCUCAUGUUUGAAGCAAACCCGAAAAAGAAGACUAAGAGUCUAUAUAAGACUAAGAACAGCCGGCCCCUCCGGACCAGUCAGAUCUAUGCUCAGGAUGAAGGAGUGACGCACACACAGCUUUAUACUAGUCGCUUUGAGCUGAUGAAAAUGACAGCAGGCAAAAGGAGCCCUCCGAUAAAGCCACUCUUGGGAAUGAACCCAUUUCAGAAGAAUCCAAAACACGCCUCUGUGCUUGCAGAAAGUGGAAUUAACUACGAGAAACCACUACCACCUAUCCAAGUGGCAUCUCUGCGUGCGGAACGCAUUGCCAAGGAGAAGAAGGCAUUGGUAGAGCAACACCACAGGGCCCAGCAACAGUCAGGUCCACAGACUCCACAACAGCCGCUGCAGAAUGGCCAGCAAUCAUCAACUCCAGCUGCUCAGCCUGCUCAGGCACAGCCUCAACAACAAGCGGUUCAGCAACAGGUUGUCCAGCAGCCACAGGCAGUAGUUGCCAGCCCAACGGGCACCAGUGUACCAACCACUGCAGUGCUGGCUGGAACCAUCAAGACAGCAGCAACAGGAGCAGGUAUCCAAGCUGCUGCUGUCAGUGGGAAUGUCAUUGUAAACACUGUUGCUGGCGUCCCUUCUGCCACUUUCCAGCCUAUCAAUAAGAGAUUGGCAUCCCCUGUCAUACCAGGGACCCUUACUUCUCCUGGUGGCGCUCCACAGGUUGUCCACACACAGCAGAGAGCUGUAGCAACUUCAGCCGCACCUUCAGAGAUGGUCACUAUAGCAACAAAUCAGGGGGUGCGAGCCGUGACGCCAGUGACUGGUGGAACUGUGGUGUGCAGUAGUAUUACCCCUGUCCAGACACAGACCAGGUCAAUAGUUACACAGGUGACAACAGCUACAACUGCUGGGGUUCAGAUUGCCAGUAAAGCCAUAACCCCGGCCCAAUUCCAACUUCUUCGGCAACAGCAAGCUGCCCAAGUGCAGGUUCCUCAGAUACAAUCACAGGCACAGUCCCCAGGACAGAUAAAAGCUGUUGGAAAACUAUCCCAGGAACAGCUACUGAAAUUGCAGAAGCAGAAAAUGCAGCUAUCGCAACAGACAACUCAGUCUGUGUCUCAACAACAGCAGCAGCCUCAACAGGGAGGACCUCAGCCAGCAGCAGUGCAGGGCCAGCAACAGUCGCAGCAGGCACAACCGCAGCAACAGACGCAGCAGCUUACUGCAGUCACUGCACCCAGAGCUGGAGCUGUCCUCACUGGUGCAACUGUUGCUAAUCUACAGGUGGCUCGACUGCUUCAGGCUCAGGGUCAGAUCCAGGCACAGCCAGGACAAACCGCACAGGUGGCACUAGCAAAGCCUCCAGUAGUCUCUGCCGUUGUAUCUUCCACCGGUGUUACCACCCUUCCUGUGACGGUAGCUGGAAUCAGUGUUGCUAUUGGCCAGCCUCAGAAAGCUGCAGGUGGGCAGACUGUGGUCGCUCAGCCCUUGAAUGUACAGCAGCUUCUGAAACUGAAACAGCAACAACAGCAAAAAGCUUUGCAAUCUGGGGUAGCACCAGGACAGUCCACUGUACAGCAGCAGAAGCAAAUAACAGCCCAGCAAGUUACUGUCCAGACCCAACAGCAACAAUCCCAACAGCAGAAGCUGACAUACACCACUCAGCCAGCCAUUAAAUCCCAGUUCCUGACCACACCUAUCUCUCAGACUCAGAAGUCGCCAGGAGCUCAGCAGGUGCAGGCACAGAUACAGGUACAGGUUGCAAAGCUUCCUCAGGUGGUCCAACAGCAGGCAGCAGUGGCCAAUAUCCAGCAGAUGGUACCAGCCUCUCAACAGGUCCAGCCCCAGACUGUUACACUGACCCAGGCAACAACGGCAGGACAACAGGUCCAAGUGUUACCAGCUGGUUCAGCAGCGGCCCAAGUGGUGCAGCAAAAACUUCUCCAGCAACAACAGCAGGUUGUAGCAGCAGCUUCGCCACAACUCCAAGCUCCAUCCAAUCAGAGUCCUGCUCCAACUUCGGGCACAGAUGCCUCAAACCAACAGCCAAAGCUUCAAGUGAGAGCAUCUACUGUCCGGAUCAAACCACCUACGAAACCUAGCUGAGGGGCAAUGUGACCUGAGAGAUAACUCAAGAAUGUCCAUCUCCACAAAGAGCUCCUAUACACCCUCAUACCAAGCACCUUUAAACGGCUUCUAGAUGUAUUGUGUGUUCAUUUAUGAGAAAGUGUUACAUUCAUCUGCAAAAAAAAAUGUUAGUGACAUCUUGUAAAUGUGAAAAAAGGAUAUGAAGAAAGGGAUAUGACUGUCCUGCUACAGCCACAGAUGACGUCACAAGCUACAGUAUAAUAUGGUGUUCUCAGUUGAAAAGUAAUAUGGAGGGACCCGCUGUGUCAUUUGGGUCUACUAAUGUCUUUGCUUUUUGCUUGUACAUUUUGCACAUAGUCAGUUAGCCAAUUUGGGAAGGAUGCUAAUACAUAGACUUUAAGAGUCGCCCAACUAACAUUUUGAAGUUUGUUUUUGUUUGUUUUUAAGUAGUUCUGUGUGGGAUUACACUGAUCUGUAUUUCAGUUUGAUUUACAAAGGGAAGGUACACAAAGAGGAGCAGCAUGUUAAAUGGUUAGCUUAUGAUCUAAAACAUCUCCUGCUUUCAACCUCCAUGUCAGAGUGUAUGUUUACAAUGCACCAUAAAGUGUUUCCUCUGUACGCUACAGGGUGGCAAGUAAAGGCUUUCAGCAGCAGGUUGUGUUGUGCUCUCAUGUAGAGGUAUCGCUGUUGCUGCAGUGAUACUAGGGUGAUGUUACAGUACUAAUUGGUGCAAUGGUCUGACAUUGGGCUAAAUGUAGUAGCCUGCCAGAAGCAGGAAGUGCAGGAUUUUGUGCGAGUCUGGCCAGAUAUUUAAAGCGGCAAUCACUAACACACAAAACCAACCUGAUUAUGCCCUGUAAGUGAUUGGCACUUUAACAAUCUGGCCAGACUCACAUAAAAUCUCACACUUCCUGCUUCUUGCUAUUACAUUUAGCCCCCUCUGUGAAGCUUCAAUUCAUUCAUUUAAAACCGGCUGCCUAAAGCCAUCUACUUCACCCAUUUCUGUAAAGGACAAGCCUGUAGAACAGUGCAGAGAAUUAGCUGCUUCAAUAUGAUGAUGAAAUUGGUUUGAACCUUUUGCUCUUUUUUCUUUGUUUUGCACUUUUUGCUCCCCGAUCCCAAUUUAGUCAGAUUACCUUAAAAAGUUGUUUUUUAUGCCAAGCUGUGUUUUUUUGUUUUCAUUAUAAAACUUGUGCACUUUUUGUGAAUAUCCGAAUCUACCAUAGGAUCCUUGUAGUUUAAUGUUACUAAGAAGCUGCUUUGCGCUACAAUAUUAAAUGUCGUGGUACGUAACAUUGUCCACUGUCCAGCCAAGUAUUGACUAGUGUAGAGUCUGCCCAUGUGUCUUUUGUUAUUGCCGAAUUUAAACCUGUGUAACUUACAAUUCCCCAUUCCUUGAAGGGGGUAAUGUAAUAGAGUGCGAGAACCAGGAAGUGUGGGACUUUGUCUGAGUUCUCACGUAUUUUUAAAGCAGCAAUAAGUUAUAUAGCAAAACUAACCUUGUUUUGCCGUGUAACUGAUUGCCGCUUUAAAAAUACGCAAGAACUCAAAGUCCCGCAUUUCCUUGUCCUCACACUCUAUUAUAUUCCCUCUCUUAUGUUUGUACAUUUCAACAUCCAUAAGGCCUUUAAAUGGUGUGUGUAUGUGUGUGUUUUGUUAAAAAUGCAAGCACUUUGUUGAAUAAAAGGACAGAAAUGAUUCAGCAACAAAAUACAUUUUCCUAACUGCGCAAUUUACAAACCCACCGACCUGUCUAUGGUUUACAUUACAGUCCUUAAUAUCCAUGUCUGACAUUUGCACAUAUUUAACACGUUGUGUACAAAGUAGACUCCUGUCUUUGUUAGGUUAGAGUAUUUAAGUAUAGUGUGUUUGUUAUUUGUUGUAAGUGUAUUGUUAUGUCUCUUUAGGAAGCAUCGUAUUGCAUUCGCUUUUGCAGCGGUUGGAUGGAUUAAUUUUACUACAUCCUAAGCACCCGCGUUUCCUAGUUACUGUGCCACCUUCUAGUCAUAUAAAAUUCUUAUUAUAUGACAGAUCAGUAUGAAAGAAGUUUUAGCAAUAGAAUAGAGAGGAAAAUUAAAUGAAAUAUUGUGUAUACUGGAAGAGAUUUCUCCUAAUGUCCUGUUUUAAACAUUUUAUAUGUAUGUGCAUGAAUGUCUGUAAUCUAUUGAUGCUUGUCAGCAUUUUUGUUUGCUAAGAAGUGUUCUUUUUUAUAUAACUAUCAAUAUAUAUAUAUAUAUAUAUAUAUAUAUAUGUGUAUAAUUUAAAACAAUAUGACCACCCUUUUACUGCUGAAUUUGUAUUCAUUACAUUUUAAGUCCCCUGGCAGAAAAAGGGAUAAAGCUUGGUCUCCAUGAACCAUACUGUGUUCAAAAUGUACAUAUACUAUAAAAACACAUUUGUACGUGCUGUAGAUCCAUAGUGAGUGAUGCAUAGCACAUUGCCAGUGUAAUAAACAUUUUUUAUAAACGUU